AUGGACAACGAAAUCCGACUUACCGUGCUCAUAUCCGGCAGCGGCACCAAUCUCCAAGCCGUCAUCGACAAAAUCCAAGCCAACCAACUCGUACCGUCUGCACGAAUCGUACGCGUUAUAUCCAACCGCAAGGACGCCUUUGGCCUCGAACGCGCCAAAACCGCAGGCAUCCCAACCGUAUAUCACAAUCUCGUCAAAUACAAAAAGGCGCAUCCACCAACACCCGAAGGAAUCAAGGUGGCUAGAGAAGAAUACGAUGCAGAGCUGGCGAGACUGGUGUUGGCGGAUUCGCCCGGGUUGGUUGUUUGUCUAGGGUUUAUGCAUGUUUUGUCGACGAAUUUUUUGCAGCCGCUUGAAGAAAAGGGACUCAAGAUUAUCAACUUGCAUCCGGCGUUACCGGGGGCGUUUAAUGGGAUUGAUGCCAUUGAGCGUGCCCACGCAGCCUGGCGACGAGGAGAGAUUAGUAAAACCGGCGUUAUGAUUCACGAUGUCAUUUCCGAAGUCGACAUGGGAACACCCAUUCUCGUCAAAGAAAUUCCAUUCGUUGAAGGCUCAGAUGAAAACCUAGAACACUUCACGCAAAAGGUCCACGAGACGGAAUGGGCAGCCGUUAUCGAAGGAAUUCAAAUUGCAAUGCAAGAGGUGAAAGAAAAAAAGCGCUCUGCAGCGUCGGCAUGA